CUUAAAACAAAUGUUAAAAUUAUUUAGGAAAAAAUUAUGAUUGUGAUUUAAUGAUUAUAAAGAUUUGCUAACAAUGUUUUACAGAUGGAUAAUAAUGUCGAGACUGCGGAUAAUGGAAACCAUGAAAGUGCAUAUUCUGAAGAGGAAGAAAAAUCCCGUCUCAUAACUCAGGUACUAGAACUACAAAGUACACUGGAGGAAUUGAGCACACGAGUUGACCGGGUGAAAGAGGAAAACUACAGACUGAGAUCUGAAAACCAGGUGCUGGGCCAAUAUAUUGAGAACUUGAUGGUAGCCUCACAAGUAUUCCAGUCUACCAAAUCAUAAUCAACCUUCAUAUAUUCCAGUCUACCAAAUCAUAAUCAACCUCCAUAUAUUCCAGUCUACCAAAUCAUAAUCAACCUCCAUAUAUUCCAGUCUACCAAAUCAUAAUCAACCUCUAUAUAUUCCAGUCUACCAAAUCAUAACCAACCUCUAUAUAUUCCAGUCUACCAAAUAAUAAUCAACCUUCAUAUAUUGCAGUCUACCAAAUCAUAAUCAACCUCCAUAUAUUCCAGUCCACCAAAUCAUAAUCAACCUCUAUAUAUAUUUCAGUCUACCAAAUAAUAAUCAACCUCUAUAUAUUCCAGUCUUAAAUCAUAAUCAACCAUAUAUUCCAGUCUACCAAAUCCUGUGCAACAUAUAUUUCUGUCUACCAAAUCAUAAUCAACCAUAUAUUCCAGUCUACCAAAUCCUAUUCAACAUAUAUUCCAGUCUACCAAAUCCUAUUCAACAUAUAUCUCAGUCUACCAAAUCAUAGUUUCUUAAACACCAGGAUCAUUAAAAACAUCUGUUCAAAUGUAACUUUUCCCCAUUUUCUUAUUUAUGUAUAUUACAAACCAUCCGUCCAUGUAUAUGUAAAAAUAAAGAAUUAUAAAAUGUA